AAUAAUAAUAUUCUCAUUCUCACCCUGCACUGAAGUGAACUGCUCACCAUAAUGAACCAUGAUUCACUACGUUACAAAUACAAUACAAACUACUAAAUAAAACCAUAUACCCAACAUAACAUCCAUCCACCAACCACUUUGCUGCAAACUAUUAUUUUAAUUAUGGAUGGAUUUGUAACCAACUCAAGUUAAGUGCGACUUGUGCUGUUGUGUGGUAUUGCAGUCAGCAGUAGUGUUAACGACUUUGCAUCUAAAUAAAUAAAUAACGGAGACAAUUUUAACAAAUAUUAAUAGGAUCAGAAAGGGGUAAUUUUUACGGUAACAUUCAAAAUUUCAAAAGCCUCGGAUAAUUCGCUGAUUAAAAAUAUUAAACCCGUCAAAAAUCUAUAAACCCGCCAGCGUGCAUUAGGUCUUAUUUAUUUUAAAUUGAUAUUUCUCCUAUUUUUCGCGUGUUGCCAUCAUCAUCAUCGUCGUCGUUGCUUGUGCUCAUUUUAUCAUGGCGGAGCAGUAAUAGUCAACAUAACAGUGAUCUUGACUCGAUUCCAAAAUUGGACAACGCAACUCUGCAAUAAUGAGCUAAAAGAUCUGCAACUUGGCAAAAAGAAGCGUGGGAAGAAAGCAGAGAUAGAGAAGAACUAAAAAAAUCAGUGUACGAUCAUAUAUAUAUAUCUGUGUACAUUGUACAUAUGUGAUGUAAUUUUACAAGAAAGGGUGCACUGUUUCUUUAUAUUUUAAUCCCACUCGUCAUGACAUUUGACUUUUAAUUUACGUGAAAAAGUGCAACACACAUUUAUUGUGACAUUUGUGGCUACUCUAAAUCAAUUGACGUGACGUCGUCCAGUACAAAUAUUGAGUCGAUACAUUCGACCUUUAUAUGUUAAUGGAUAGGUGAUUGAGUCAUUCAAACCAUUUUGCAAGUUCAAUAUUUACGAGGAAAAGGAAAGUGUAAAGUAAUAUUAAAUCAGACCAUUAUGAUGAUUUUGCCAGUGCAUAUGGAUAUCGUCAAGUAUUCCAAAUACUCUUGAUUCAUUGCACGGAUGGAGGAGUCCUUGGUUUUCACCCAAAUUUUGGACAUUUGAAUAAUAAUAACACAACAACGGGCGGAUGUCAAAUUAAACACCCUGGUGUAAACCUGUGGGGUUGAUUUUGUCCCACAUCGUUUUUGCAUUUAGUUUCUCUGAUUGUGUGAUGUGUACGUGCAAAGGACAUUUUGGAGCUAAUCAUAGUUCACGCCACCAUAUGCAAAUAUAUUAAUUUUGUUGACAACUGCUCCCCUGUGUAUGGACAAGUUGGAUUGAAUUUCAUGUGGAUGUGUGGCUUGUUACGAGAGACUCUCUGCUAAAAAAUGAGUUGGGGAACAGAACUCUGGGAUCAAUACGACAAUGUGUCCCAACACACACAAAAGGGGUUGGAUUUCUUGGAACGAUAUGGCCAUUUUCUACGUGAUAGGGCCAAUAUUGAAGUAGAGUAUGCCGGAAAGUUGAGGAAACUCGUCAAAACUUAUCUCCCCAAGAAGAAGGAAGAGGAAGAUUUACAGUUUUCGUGCAUGUCCAGUUUUCGAGAUAUGCUGAAUGAAAUCAAUGACUUAGCUGGACAGCAUGAAAUAAUUUCUGAAAAUCUAAAUCAAAUCUGCACCCGAGACGUCCAAACCCGAGCCAAGGAGUUGAAGGAGGAGAAGAAAAGGAACUUGGUUGAAGGGGUUCGCCAUCAAAACCAUUUACAAACUCAACUUGCAAAUCUUGAUCGUGCCAAAAAAAAUUAUGAGAAAGCCUUCCGUGCAUCGGAAACAGCGCUUGAAACAUUUCAAAGAGCAGAUGCAGACCUGAAUCUUUCUCGAGCAGAGGUAGAAAAGACGAGACUUCAGUCUUUGUAUAAAUCGCAGCAAUGUGAAGACACAAAAAAGGAAUAUGCCAACCAGUUGGAUAAAGCAAAUGAAAUGCAAAACAGCUUCUACCGAGUUUUGAUGCCUUCCGUUUUCCAAGGACUGCAAGACGUAGAUCAGAGAAGAGUAAAGUGCAUGAAAUUAAAUAUGAAACAAACAACAGAAAUGGAAUGUCGAGUCUAUCCCAUCAUCAAUAAAUGUUUCGAUGGAAUAUUGAAAUCUGCAGAUGCAAUAGAUGACGAAACUGAUUCCAACCUUGUAAUUGAAAGGUUCAAGUCGGGUUUCCAGCCACCUGAAGAUAUACCUUUUGAAGAAGAUCUAAGUGCUAUAAAAAAUGGUGAAGCUCCACCCAUCCAGCCAAAUGGAUAUGGCAAUUCCUUAAAACCAGAAAGUCAAUCACUAACGUAUAAAGGCACAAUGUCUGCUGGAAAGUCUAAGAAAAGAACAGGAAUUUUUGGCAUUUUUGGAAACACCAAGCCCGGAAAUAACACGGACGGUCGGGAUGACUAUAGCGAAUUACCUCCAAACCAAAGAAGGAAAAAAUUGCAACAAAAAAUUGAUGAAUUUUCUGCUAAAAUUCAACAAGAGACUGCUGCGAGGGAUGGCUUAGUAAAAAUGCAGUCCGUCUAUCAAUCAAAUCCCAAUUUAGGUGAUCCCAGUGCGAUAGAGGGACAACUUCGGGAAAGCGUGCAAAGGUUGCAAAAACUGCAACAAGAGAUGCACAAAUAUCAAUCGUACCUAAAUGAAAUGGACAUGCCACAAAAUGGGGGCUAUGGUUCCUCAAAUGGAUCCAGAACUUCACAGAAUAGAAGCAGUGGUUCAGACGAAUCUUUAAGUAGAAGUGCGUCUGACCUGAGCCAAAACAAUCAUCACCACAAUAAACCAUCUGCACCUGGAACGCCUUUGCCUUCUUCUCAUGGUUCUUCAAAUAGUCCGGAAUCUGGGAUUAGCACAUCACACACUAGUUUACCAGACUCGGAUUUUGAACAGAAUGAUACAGAAAAUGGAGAAUAUGAUGAUCCACUUCCUGUUUUAGGAACUUGCGAAGCAUUGUAUAGCUUCGAAGCAUCUUCAGAAGGGAGCAUUCCCAUGUACUUGGGGGAACAAUUGUAUGUAGUAGAGCUAGAUCAAGGGGAUGGCUGGACAAGAGUUCGGCGUCAAAAUUCUUUAGAAGAAGGCUUUGUUCCUACGUCGUAUGUGAGGAUAACGUUAUAUUCAAAUUGCUGAUCUGGUCAUCACUGUAUUCCAAAUUAUUUAUUAGCAUUGCACACACAAUUUGCUUAACCGUAUUUUAUUAUGGAAUGAGACUUUCUUGAGCAUGUCUGUUUUAUUAUACGUAGUGGUAUCAUUUGUCUUUGUCUGUUAUAAAGAAGCUCACGGAUACUUUCGUCUUGGCUUUUGCUCAAAGAUGCCUUAGGAAAAAUCUUAAGUAUAUUUUAAGUACCUGUUUGUAUACCGUGGUAGCAUAAUUAAAUUAACCGGGGGACAUUGAAGAGAGCAUUUCAUUACGUUCAUACAUGCUGGAUUUGGUUGUGACGCUACACUUGACUGAGAAAUUCUGAUAAGCAGAAGUCUUAUUUCACUUUACAAAUUGCUAAAAAAAUCAGACGAAAAUGAGCAACUGAACUGAGCUAUAAUAAGUAAUCUUUUGUUACUUACUAUCACAUAAAAAUGAUUGUAUACUGCUGAAUUGAACUAUAAACGCUAUCGUCGCUUGCAAAUGUAAUAAUUAAUUUACGUUACACAUAAAGAUCGUUCCUCAAUCUUUUUUUAACUAUUACGGACUGAUCACGAAUAUCUCCGUGUUUUGUUUUUAUUACAUUUCUGACCGUACUAUUUUACAACAUUACUCAAAUUCUCCUCUGAAUUAAAUUAAGGAUGUAAAUGUAUGUAUGCAUAAAGGUUCGUUGCAACUUGAUGCGAAUGUGCUACAAAGAUGUAACUAAAGUCCAGCAGACUGUUUCGGAUAAUUUCAAUUAUUAUUUUAAAACUUCUUUCGCUCUCAAAUUAGUGUUCAUUUACUUUUUAACAUAAACUUGCAUCCAGUCCGACUUGUAUCGUAUAAUUCAAUAAUAUUAACAAUAAUAUAAUUAUUUAAGAAUAUGUCGAAUCGAACCAGCUCAGUGAGUAAAAAUAUGGUUACUUGAACUAGCUGCAUUAAAAAUAUAGGUAAAUAUGUAGACAUACAUAGCUUUUAUUGGAAGUAUCAUGUAUAGUAUAGCGAGAACACUAGAAUAUUAAGAUAUUAUGUACUAAUUGUAAUACAGAGACAGGCCAUGCUGAUCCUACCGACGUGUAUUUUCGUGAUCAUUUUUGAUAAAUGUGUGAAGUUGUUCACUCUAAUUUGAUGUGCAAACCUAAAUAAAUACUUUGAGUAAAAUAGAUUAAUCGAAUGACAUGCCGCCCGCCUAUGGUACGUAUUUCCUGUAUUUUGCUAAAUGAAUGAAUGAUCAACGCAACGAAAUUGUAUGUUUUCUUAAAUGUCAUAAAUUUUAUAUUUUGACCUUCUCAUGUCAAAUACACAGUUUAAUAAGAAUCCUCGAAUGAAAAUCUGUGUUUUGAGAUGUAUAUCCAGUAAUAUGUAUUUAAUAAGUAUAUUAUACUUGCUUUGUCAAGAAUAAUUAAUAUACUUGAAAUUCCACGAGAAAAGUAUAUGCCAUGAAAAAGAUCCUAAUCAGUCAGUCAGUUGUUCAAAAUUGGAGAAACUUGUUCGUUGUAUGGUUGUGCCAGUCUUUUUACUAAUUAGUUGUCAACAAAUACUCUUCUUGCAAAACAAUAAAUUAUAAGCAAGUCCAGCUAACUUAAACUGUUUUCAUUCUACAUCAUUGAGCUGAAAUAAAGCCAGAUGAGCGUACCUAAAUAUGA